UGAAUCAUUUUCGGUGUAUUUUCUAACAAAAAAUACGAUAAGUAUCGAAGAUUUCGUUCGAAAUUGUGAUGGUCGCUACUGGUGCUUUAUAAAAUUCUACACAAAAUUUUGAUUCGAAUUGAAAUCCAUUUUCCGACCAUGGAACCAACGGAAGAAGCUCCGGGAAGCCUUGCCCGUGAGGGUGACGGCAUUGUUUCCGACGCAUCAGCGACGGAGACUGACCUCUCACUCUCCCCUACUCCGUCGGAAAACCUCCUUCGAGAUGUCCAGAACUCACCGGAGAACCACUCGCCGAUGAUAGCGCCGCCGUCUUCGCCUCUCCCUCCUCCAGGUAUUAAACUGGAAACCCUCGUUUCAGAAUCCCUUGGAGAAGAGUCCUCCGAUCCGGUGCCUGAGCAGUUGGGAAACCCUAAUGCAACGGAACCUGGUCCACGACCCAGAAAACGCCGCCGUAGGAAGCGGUUCUUCACGGAGAUUAACGCGAACCCAGCCUUCUCCAGAAAUCGCCGUCAUAGAAUCGGAACAGAGGUAGACACUGAAGCUCUAAUCGCCAUCUCUGUCGGGUUUCCGGUUGAUUCGCUAACGGAGGAUGAAAUCGAAGCGAACGUAGUUUCGGUAAUCGGAGGGAGAGAACAAGCGAAUUAUAUUGUCGUGAGGAACCACAUUCUCGCCCUGUGGCGAUCCAAUGUCUCGGUUUGGUUGACCCGAGACCACGCUCACGAGUCCAUACGCGCCGAACACAAAACCCUUGUUGAUUCGGCCUACAAUUUCCUUUUGGAGCAUGGCUAUAUCAACUUCGGGCUUGCGCCCGCCAUUAAAGAAGUGAAGUCGAGGUCUUUUGAUGGAGUGGAGAGAGCCAAUGUUGUGGUUGUAGGGGCAGGUCUCUCGGGUUUGGUUGCUGCUAGACAAUUGGUGUCAAUGGGGUUUAGGGUUUUGGUUCUUGAAGGCAGAAACCGACCUGGAGGACGGGUGAAGAGCCGGAAGAUGAAAGGCGGUGAUGGAAUUGCGGCAAUGGCAGAUGUAGGCGGAAGCGUUCUAACCGGAAUAAAUGGAAACCCACUUGGGGUUCUUGCCAGGCAACUCGGUUUGCCUCUUCAUAAGGUGAGAGAUAUUUGCCCUUUGUAUCUACCUAAUGGAGAUCCUGUCGAUGCUGGUAUUGAUUCUAAGAUAGAGGCAUCGUUUAACAAGUUAUUGGACAGAGUCUGUAAUCUUAGACAAUCCAUGAUAGAGGAGCUUAAGUCGGUGGAUGUGCCAUUGGGAGAAGCGCUCGAAGCUUUUCGAAAGGUUUAUGCGGUUGCGGAGGAUCCGCAGGAGAGAAUGCUCCUAGACUGGCAUUUAGCAAACUUAGAAUAUGCAAAUGCUUCCUUGCUAGGGAAUCUGUCUAUGGCAAACUGGGAUCAGGAUGAUCCAUAUGAGAUGGGCGGUGAUCAUUGUUUUAUCCCUGGUGGGAACGAGGUAUUUGUACAUGCAUUGGCCGAAAAUCUUCCAAUUUUCUAUGGAAGAUCAGUGAGUAGCAUUAGAUAUGGAAGUGAUGGGGUUCUGGUUUAUGCUGGGGACAAGGAAUUUCUAUGUGAUAUGAUUCUUUGCACAGUUCCAUUAGGUGUUCUAAAGAAAGGGGCAAUCGAGUUUUACCCCGAGCUUCCUCAGAGAAAGAAAGACGCGAUUCAGAGGUUGGGAUACGGGUUGUUGAACAAAGUCGCGAUGUUGUUUCCAUAUAAUUUUUGGGGUGGAGAGAUAGACACGUUUGGGCGUUUAACAGAAGAUUCGAGUUGGAGGGGAGAAUUCUUCUUGUUCUAUAGCUAUUCUUCUGUCUCAGGCGGUCCUCUACUUGUAGCACUCGUAGCUGGGGAUGCUGCGGAAAGAUUUGAAACAAUGUCUCCCACUGAAUCCGUGAAAAGGGUCUUGGAGAUAUUACGUGGGAUAUUUCAUCCGAAAGGGAUUGUUGUUCCCGACCCUGUUCAAGCCCUUUGCUCUAGAUGGGGACAAGACAAGUUCUCUUAUGGUUCUUACUCAUAUGUUGCGGUUGGAUCAUCCGGGGAUGACUACGACAUUCUCGCUGAGAGUGUUGGAGACGGGAGAGUAUUCUUUGCAGGAGAAGCGACUAACAAACAGUACCCCGCAACGAUGCAUGGAGCCUUCUUAAGCGGGAUGAGAGAAGCCGCGAACAUGCUUAGAGUUGCCAGGAGAAGAGCAUUCGGCGCUUCUAAUCCUCACCCCGGAUUCAACGACGAAGAGGAAGGCAAUGGUUUGGGUCAAUUAUUCGAGACACCCGAUCUAAAAUUUGGGAAAUUUUCAGUGUUAUUCAAUCCAAAGUCAGAUGAGCAGGAAUCUCUCGCAUUGUUGAGCGUCAGCUUCCGAGGAGAGAAAGCCGAGCAAGGGCUGGGUCUUUAUGGCUUGGUAACGAGGAAGCAAGCAAUGGAGCUCAGUGAAACGGAAGGGGACGAGGCGAGAAUGGGGAUUUUGCGAGACAAGAUGGGAGUUAGGCUCGUCGGAGGGAAGGGUCUGUCUCAGGACGGCGAGUCACUGAUCUCUUCCAUCAAAGCGGCCAGACUGAACCAACAAAUCUUCGAUCAAUAGGUAAGUUCUUGCUCAGCUUUCGCUGGGGGAAGAUCGACCCAAACCCAAACACUUGUUGUAGCUUUGGGUUGUUCAUAGGUUAGAUUUAGGGAAGAGAAGACGAUUUCAUUCCAAUUUUUGAUUUUUUUUAAAAAUGAAUCUAUGGUGAAUCAGAAUUCAGAAACCAUGGUUUCAUGUUAUUCGGUUUUA